CAUCAUUACUAUCCACAUCCAUAUUCCUACCAAUAUAUGCAAUUAUGGAGAAAGCUUUCAUCUCUUUUCUCUUGUUGCUUCAGUACUAUAUUAUAAGUAGUUCGGCCAUGACCCAACUUAACAUCUCCACUGACCAAUUAGCUCUCCUUUCCCUGAAAUCUCAAAUCAUUUCAGACCCCUUUCAUUACAUGGAUGAAAGUUGGUCUCCCGCUGCGUCUGUUUGCCAUUGGGUUGGAAUCACUUGUGGCUCCCGUCACCAGCGAGUGAUGUCCUUGAAUCUUUCCAACAUGGCUCUUACGGGCGUAAUACCCCGUGAACUUGGGAACCUAACAUUUCUUGUUUAUCUUGACUUGGGAAGCAACAAUUUCCAUGGAAAUUUGCCUCAAGAAAUGACACACGUGCAUCGACUUAAGGUUCUUGAUUUGAGUAUCAACAGCUUCAGCGGGGAGGUUCCCUCUUGGUUUGGGUUUUUACACCAACUUCAAGUACUAAACCUUGGAAAUAAUAGUUUCGCUGGUUCCAUCCCUUGUUCAUUUUCUAAUGUUUCCACACUUGAGACUUUGAAUCUGAAUUUCAAUUCCAUAGAGGGCCAAAUACCAAAAGUGAUUGGAAGUCUUUUAAACCUUCAAGUAUUAAACUUGAAGGGUAACAAGCUCGUAGGCUUUAUUCAUAUGUCACUAUCUAAUGCCUCAAGGUUGGAGGCUUUGGAGAUAUCUUACAAUUCACUUCAAGGAAACAUCCUAGAGUGGAUCGGCAAUCUUCACAACAUGAAAGUGCUAUCCAUACAAGCUAAUCAACUUACGGGUUCUAUACCUUUCAUAAUUUUCAAUAUUUCAAGAAUUGAAGUCGUUGCAUUUGUAGACAAUAGAUUAUCAGGAUAUCUUCCCAUUGGUUUAUGCAAUGAUCUCUCAAUACUCAAAGGGCUUCAUUUAUCCAAAAACAAUCUUCACAGUCAUAUGCCUACAAGCUUAUCAAAUUGUUCACAACUUCAAAUUUUGUCAUUAUCGGAUAAUGAGUUUGAUGGACCAAUACAUACUGAAAUUGGAAGAUUGAGUAACUUGCAGACAUUGUUUCUAGGAUUUAACCAUUUCAAUGGGAUGAUUCCACAAGAAAUUGGAAAUCGUGUUAAUUUGGCAGAGUUAGCCAUGGAGAUAAACCAGAUUACCGGCCUUGUCCCGAUCUCCAUAUUAAAUAUCUCAUCACUGCAAAUUUUGUCACUGUCGAUGAACAACUUUAGUGGAUUCUUACCAUAGGAAAUUGGCAACUUAACCAAGAUGCAGAAUCUACAGCUUGGUGACAAUAAACUUAUCGGUGAAAUACCCAAAGAGAUAAGCAAUCUUGUUGAGUUGGAGGUACUUGAUCUUUCGGGCAAUAGUUUUAGUGGUUCACUUGAUAUGGAGAUCUUCAACAUAUCAGGGCUGAGAGUGAUUUCUAUUCAAACAAUAAUCUAUCAGGAAGCCUCCCACCAAACAUGUGUUCUAUCUCCAAUUGUUCAGAACUUACUAUUCUAGAGCUUUCUAACAACCAACUCACUGGAUUGAUUCCCAAUUCUCUUGGACAUUGGCUCAUCUACAGUUCCUAAACUUGGAGAGAAACAAUUUAACAAGUGAUUCAACAUUAAGGUUUCUGACUUCCUUAGCCAGUUGCAGAAAUUUAACAUUUCUAUCUGUAUAUUUGAAUCCUCUAAUCGGCAUGCUUCCUGCCUCCAUAGGGAACCUUUCCACCUCUCUUAGAACAUUUGUCGCCAACAUUUGUAAAAUCAAAGGGCGAAUUCCUAAUGAAGUUGGGAACUUAAGCAUCUUAUUAGACCUUAGCCUUUCUGGAAACAACUUGGUCGGAUCGAUUCCAACAUCAAUUGGCAAUUUGAGAGACCUUCAGUAGUUCAACUUGAGUAGCAACAAAUUUACAGGAUUUAUUGGAGAUCAUAUAUGUAAAUUGCAGCAUCUGGGUGAUAUUUACUUGGAUCAAAAUCUGCUUUCAGGAUCUCUUCCGAAUUGUUUAGGGAAUAUUACUUCCCUUAGGGAGAUACAUCUCGGUUCCAACAAAUUGAGUUCCAAUAUAACACCAAGCUUAGGGAAACUUCAAGAUCUAGUUGUUCUUGACUUAUCCUCAAACAACAUGGUAGGUUCUUUACCUCCAGAAAUUGGAAAUCUAAAGGCUGCGACACUGAUAGAUCUGUCAAUGAAUCAAUUCUGAAAUGGAAUUCCUAUAGAAAUUGGAGGCUUGCAAAAUCUGGAAAACCUUUCUUUUGAGACACAAGAAGUUACAAGGAGCUAUACCUGACUCAAUGAGCAACAUGGUAGGUUUGGAAUUCCUAGACCUUUCUCACAAUAAUAUAUCUGGAAUCAUUCCUAAGUGUUUGGAGAAACUUCAAAACUUGAAGUAUUUCAAUGUUUCUGUCAACAAAUUGUAUGGUGAAAUACCCUCUGGGGGCCCUUUCAAGAAUCUCUCGAGUAAGUUUUUCAUCCACAAUGAAGCACUGUGUGGUUAUUCAAGAUUUCGGGUAUAGAAGAGGUAAAAGUGCCCCACUUCAUCAAAGCACAAAUCAAAUAGGGAAAAAUUGCUUGUUCUUUUUCUUUUUCUCGCAAUUGCAGUGGUAUUUGUUACUAUGGCCUUUGUGCUCCUAUGGAUAAGGUAUAGAAGAGGUAAAAGUAUACCUCAACAAGCUGAGUCAUUGUCUACCGUAACACGAGAAAGAAUUUCAUACUAUGAACCACUCCAAGCAACAGAUGACCUUAGUGAGUGUAAUCUGAUUGUUUUCGGAAGUUUUGGCUCUGUUUACAAAGAUAUUCUCAGAAGUGGAACUGCCAUUGCAGUUAAAGUCUUCAACCUGCAACUGGAUGCGGCAUUCAAGAGUUUUGAUAAGGAUUUUUGCGCAGCCUUCGUCAUAGGAAUCUCGUUAAAGUCAUUACUAGUUGUUCCAAUCUUGAUUUCAAGGCUUUAGUGCUCGAGUAUAUGCCUAAUUGAGGUCUUGAGAAAUAUUUGUAUUCGCACAAAUAAUUCCUUAACACCAAUCAGAGACUAAGCAGAAUGAUAGAUGUUGCAUGUUCUUUGGAAUAUCUUCACCAUGGGUGCUCGUUGCCUGUGAUUCACUGUGACGUGAAGCCUAGUAACGUCUUGCUGGAUGAAGAUAUGGUUGCCCACCUCAGCGACUUUGGCAUCUCAAAACUGCUUGGUGAAGAUCAGGGUGAUUUGUACACUAAAACCUUAGCAACGUUAGGUUAUAUUGCACCAGGUACGUCUCUUAGUUUUGCUGAUUACUCCUUUCUUUUUUCCCCACCUAGAAAGCAUAUUGCAUCUUUAAAUAAAUUGUUUGACGGUAGAGUAUGGACUGGAUGGUCUAGUGUCAACAAAGUCUGACGUAUACAGCGAUGGAAUCAUGUUUCUGGAAAUGUUUACUAGGAAAAAACCUUAUGAGUUUGAGGGUGACCUUAGCUUGAAGCAUUGGGUGAGUUAUUCACUCCCAGAGGCAGUAAUGGACGUCAUAGAUGUCAACUUGGUGACGCCAAUUGGCAAUCGCUUACAGAAGGAGCUAGAUGUUGUGGCAUCAAUCAUGAUAGUGGCAUUAGAUUGUUGUGCUGAAUCUCCGGCGAGAAGGACUAACAAGAAAGAUGUUGUAGCGAUGCUGCAAAAGAUCAAGAUUCAACUUCUUGCAUGUUGAACAUGUUUUUGGAAUAUGUUGUUCCAAGUCACUUGUUCAUUUCAAAUUUUUCUAAAUUGUUGUAUUCAUGUAAAGAUUGUUGUUUGGUUUGUUUGUAUUAGCACUUGAUUUGCGCAUGAUUCUAAGUUCUAACAGUUAGUUAUAUUAGCUCCAGGUAUGCCUCCUGUUUAUGAAGUAUAAAACUAUUAAUGGAAUAAAAUGAACGACGCUUCUUAUUGAUUGUAGACUGAGUAUAUAUAAAUACAAUACAACAAAGAGAUAAACUGAGAAAAGGAUAAUACUUAUCUAUGUACAAGAGUCCUAAAGAGAAGGAACUACUAAAUUUGAAAUUUAAAAAAUAGGAGUUGAUUUUAUCCUUUUUUAUGCCCCCGCAAGUUGGUGGUGUCAACAACACCCAACUUGGAAAAUUGUUGUACAAAAGAGGCUUUGGGAAGUAGUUUUUUGAGUAUGUUAGCCACUUGAUCAGCUGAGUGAAUGUGAUGUACUUCAACAUCUUUGUUCUGGACCUGUUCACGAACAAAGUGGAAAUCAAUGGCUACAUGCUUCAUCCUACUAUGGAAAACUGGAUUGGAACAAAUGUAAGUGGUGCUUAUGUUGUCACAGAAAACCUGCGGAACCCCCUUAAGUGAAAGA